AUGGCUGGACGACCGACAGGAGGUCCUCCCGGAGGUCCCUCGAAUAAUGAUCUGCUGUUAGAUCUGGACAACGAUCAGCCUGCCUACGGCGGCGGCCAGCGAUCCGCGAUGAACGAUGACGACCUCAUGCGAUUCCACGGCCACGAUCAAGACCAGGCCCAGGGCCGUCCCUCCGUAUCCUACGACGACUUCGUUGGCGGAGGAGGUGCACCGGCAGGAGGACACAAUGCGCAACAGCCUUCAGCACUGAGGCCGCAGCCCGGUGGUCUCGCGUCCCCGGGCGCUCCCGGCGGCGCUGCUUCCGGCACCCCCUACAUGCAGAGGCAUUACAGCCAAACGUCAGAACUGAACAACUAUCAGCGAUACGCCGACGACUUCGACGACUACCCGGACGGACACGACUCCUACUACCAACAAGGCGGAAGUGCCACGAGCCAGAACAAUGUCGCAGAUCCGUCCGCCAGGGCCAACGCCCGGAACCGUAAUAGCGUUCUCAGCUUGGGCGGCGGCUUCUUUGGCCGCAUGAAGAAUAGACUGGGAAUGGGUCAGGGCUACUCAGAGAUGGAUCUUCCCUUAACGGAGGCAGGUCGCGGACGGGAACCUGGCGCGGAUCAACAAGCCAAGCAGGGCAAGAAGUUCGACAUGGGCAACUUCAAGUUCGGAUUCGGUCGCAGCAAACCCGACCCCUCGACGCUGGGCCCGCGAAUCAUCCACCUCAACAACCCGCCUGCGAACGCCGCGAACAAGUAUGUCGACAACCACAUCUCGACGGCCAAGUACAACAUUGCGUCCUUCCUCCCCAAGUUCCUCUUCGAGCAGUUCUCCAAGUUCGCCAACAUCUUCUUCCUGUUCACGGCCGCGCUGCAGCAGAUCCCUAACCUCUCGCCCACCAACCGAUACACGACGAUUAUUCCUCUCUUCAUCGUCAUGCUGGUCUCUGCAGGCAAGGAAUUGGUGGAAGACUACCGCCGGAAGCAGGCCGACAACGCGCUCAACACGUCCAAGGCGCGCAUUCUGCGAGGCACCGGGUUUCAGGAGAGCAAGUGGAUCAACGUCGCAGUGGGAGACAUCAUCCGCGUCGAGUCGGAGGAACCGUUCCCUGCCGAUCUGGUCCUCCUCGCCAGUUCCGAGCCGGAGGGUCUGUGCUAUAUCGAAACAGCCAAUCUUGAUGGAGAGACCAACCUGAAGAUCAAGCAAGCUCUCCCAGAGACAUGCCCCAUGGUGAGCUCCAGCGAGCUGAGCAGGCUUGGCGGUCGCAUCAAAUCCGAGCAGCCCAACAGCAGCUUGUACACGUAUGAGGCAACUUUGACAAUGCAAGCCGGUGGCGGUGAGAAAGAGCUGCCUUUGAACCCCGAGCAGCUCCUCCUUCGUGGUGCAACUCUGCGCAACACUCCCUGGAUUCACGGCGUUGUCGUCUUUACCGGCCAUGAGACAAAGCUCAUGCGCAAUGCCACGGCAGCACCCAUCAAGCGCACCAAGGUCGAGAAGAAGCUGAACAUCUUGGUCCUGGUCCUGGUCGGCAUCCUCCUGGUUCUUAGUGUCAUCUGUACAGUGGGAGACCUCGUCCAGCGUAAGGUCGAGGGCGAAGCUCUCUCAUACCUGAUGCUGGAUUCCACUGGUUCCGCCGGCGACAUUGUGAAGACUUUCUUCAAGGACAUGGUCACCUACUGGGUUUUGUUCUCAUCGCUUGUGCCCAUUUCGCUUUUCGUCACCCUGGAGAUGGUCAAGUAUUGGCACGGUAUUCUCAUCAAUGAUGACCUCGACAUCUACUAUGACAGAACGGACACCCCUGCAAACUGCAGAACAUCCAGCUUGGUGGAGGAACUCGGCAUGGUUGAAUAUGUCUUCUCCGACAAGACCGGCACGCUGACCUGCAACAUGAUGGAGUUCAAGCAGGCCUCGAUUGGCGGGAUUCAGUAUGCGGAGGACGUUCCGGAAGACCUCAGGGCUACGAUCCAGGAUGGUGUUGAAGUUGGAAUCCACGACUACAAGCGACUCGCAGAGAACCUCAAGGGCCACGAAACGGCUCCCGUCAUCGACCACUUCCUGUCGCUUUUGGCCACCUGCCACACGGUUAUCCCCGAGCGAAGCGACGAAAAGGGCGGCAAGAUCAAGUACCAGGCAGCUUCACCCGACGAAGGAGCCCUCGUCGAGGGCGCGGCUUCCCUGGGCUACGUCUUCACCGACCGCAAGCCGAGGUCUGUCUUCAUCGAGGCGAACGGACGGGAGCAGGAAUACGAACUAUUGGCCGUCUGCGAAUUCAACUCCACCAGAAAGCGCAUGUCGACGAUCUACCGAUGCCCCGACGGCAAGAUUCGCGUCUACUGCAAGGGUGCCGACACCGUCAUUCUCGAGCGCCUGAACGACCAAAACCCCCAUGUUGAAGCCACGCUCCGUCAUCUGGAAGACUACGCCUCCGAAGGUCUGCGAACACUGUGUCUGGCAAUGCGCGAGGUACCCGAGCAGGAGUUCCAGGAAUGGUUCAAGAUUUACGAAAAGGCAUCCACCACCGUCGGUGGCAACCGUGCCGAUGAGCUGGACAAGGCCUCGGAAAUCAUCGAACGCGACUUCUACCUCCUUGGAGCGACCGCUAUUGAAGAUCGCCUCCAAGAUGGCGUCCCGGAGACCAUUCACACUCUGCAGCAGGCCAACAUCAAGGUGUGGGUCUUGACUGGUGAUCGACAGGAGACUGCCAUCAACAUUGGCAUGAGUUGCAAGCUCCUCAGCGAGGACAUGAUGCUCCUGAUUGUGAACGAGGAAAGCGCCGCCGCGACGAGGGACAACCUGCAGAAGAAGCUCGACGCCAUCCGGACACAGGGCGACGGAACCAUCGAAACAGAGACACUGGCCCUCAUUAUCGACGGCAAGUCCUUGACGUACGCUCUGGAGAAGGAUCUGGAGAAGCUCUUCUUGGACUUGGCCAUCAUGUGCAAGGCAGUCAUCUGCUGCCGUGUCUCCCCCCUCCAGAAAGCACUUGUCGUCAAGUUGGUCAAGAAGUACCAAAAGGAAGCCAUCUCUCUCGCCAUCGGCGACGGCGCCAACGACGUGUCCAUGAUCCAGGCCGCCCACAUCGGCGUGGGUAUCAGCGGUAUGGAAGGUCUCCAGGCUGCUCGAAGCGCCGAUGUCUCUAUCGGACAGUUCAGGUACCUCAGGAAGCUCUUGCUGGUGCACGGUGCCUGGAGUUACCAGCGUGUUGCCAAGACCAUUCUGUUCUCAUUCUACAAGAACAUCACCUUGUACAUGACGCAGUUCUGGUACACGUUCCAAAACGUCUUCUCUGGUGCGGUCAUUUACGAAUCCUGGACCCUAUCCUUCUACAACGUCUUCUACACCGUUUUCCCUCCCCUGGCCCUGGGUAUCCUGGACCAGUUCAUCUCCGCGAGACUCCUUGACCGCUACCCUCAGUUGUACAACAUGGGCCAGCAGAACCAGUUCUUCAGACUGAAGAUCUUCGCCGAAUGGGUCGCCAACGCCAUCUACCACUCCAUCAUCCUCUACGUCUUCGGCGAGCUUAUCUGGUACGGUGACCUCAUCCAGGGUGACGGACAGAUUGCGGGCCACUGGGUCUGGGGCACAGCUCUUUACGCCGCUGUCCUGCUCACCGUCCUCGGAAAGGCGGCCCUCAUCACGAACAACUGGACAAAGUACCACGUUCUCGCCAUCCCGGGCAGUAUGCUCUUUUGGUGGGGUUUCAUCGCGCUGUACGGUACCGUUGCGCCCAUGAUCCCCUUCUCGGCCGAGUACCACGGCGUCAUCCCCAAGCUGUACAGCAGCCCGGUCUUCUGGCUGCAGACCAUCUCUCUGGCCCUCAUGUGUCUACUGAGAGAUAUUGCCUGGAAGUUCGCCAAGCGCAUGUACAUGCCGCAAACCUACCACCACAUCCAGGAGAUUCAGAAGUACAACAUCCAAGAUUACAGACCUAGAAUGGAACAAUUCCAAAAGGCCAUCCGCAAGGUGCGCCAAGUACAGCGUAUGCGUAAGCAGCGCGGCUACGCCUUCUCCCAGGCAGACGAGAGUCAGACGAGAGUGCUCCAGGCGUACGACACGACACAGCAGCGUGGUCGCUACGGCGAGAUGACCAGCUCGAGACCUCAAGGCAGGUAA